CGUAGCCAGGCAAUAACAAAAACAGAGCACCAAAGCAAAGAAAUACCCACCAGUACCACUCUCCUCUCCUCUGUUCCUUUCAUUUCUCCCCGUCAUUUCCACCACACCGUCGCGCGCACUUACACAAACGCCGUCAACUACACCGAAUGUGCGCGCACAACAUCAUCACCUCUUUCUCUUUCUCCUUCUCCUCCAAAAUUAACCACUCUCAGUAGCCACUAGCCAUGCCCUGCUCUUCUCCCUUCUUCCAUGGCUAUCUCCGCACAACUUCACAACUCGCCAUGUCUCUUAAACCCUCUACAAACUUCUGCACCAUUUCUCCCAGACCUUUCUCUGUCCUUCAAUUCGGGAAACACAAGUCCUUCAAAACCCUAGCUUUCAGGCCUCUUCAAUGGCGCCCGAUUGCUUGUAGGGUGGCUGCUGUUGGGGCCUCCAGAAGACCAUUUGAUUUGUUACAAUCACCCAAUUUGUAUCAGCAGAGCAAGGAAUUCGGGAGGUUUGCUUAUGAUGAUUAUCCCGACGAUGACUCCGACCGAGAAAAUGAUUCCGCACAGCAAAAACAAUCUUCAACACUUGAUAAUAUAGAUGAGUGGAGAUGGAAAUUUACAACACUUCUUCGAAACAAAGCUGAAGUAGAAGUGGUGUCUAGAGAGAGAAAGGACAGGCGUGACUUUGAGCAACUUUCUGCAGUGGCAACCAGAAUGGGUUUGUACAGCCGUCAAUAUUCCAAAGUGGUUGUAUUUAGUAAAGUUCCCUUGGCAAAUUAUCGCCAUGACCUGGAUGAUAAGCGGCCACAACGGGAGGUUAUACUGGGUUUUAAUCUGCAAAAGGAUGUAGAUAUUCUUCUCAAGAGGCACCUUCAUGAAAAAUCCGUGAGUAAGCAGACUCUUCAAAAUUAUUCCAUGUCAAGUAAUACUUUUGGUCGGGGUAAGAAGGAAUACAGCCAGCCUGAACCCACGGCGCAGAUGAUUUCUGCGAAAGAGAAAAUGCUUAGGGAGAUUAGUUUGCGACUUCGGGUUCAACAACAACAAUGGCAGGAUUCACCGGAAGGUCAGAAGAUGCUAGAACUUCGAAGAAGUCUACCUGCAUACAAGGAGAGGGAUGCUCUAUUGAAGGCCAUCUCAGAAAACCAGGUAGUGGUUGUCUCUGGUGAAACGGGUUGUGGUAAGACAACUCAACUUCCCCAGUACAUUUUAGAGUCUGAAAUUGAAGCAGCUCGUGGAGCUAGUUGUAGCCUUAUAUGUACGCAGCCGAGAAGAAUAUCAGCUAUGUCUGUUUCAGAGAGGGUUGCUGCCGAACGAGGGGAACAACUUGGAGAAUCAGUUGGCUACAAAAUUAGAUUGGAAGGGAUUAAAGGAAAGGAUACACGACUUCUCUUCUGCACUACUGGUAUACUGUUGAGGAGACUGCUUGUUGAUAGAGAUUUAAGGGGUGUGACCCAUGUCAUUGUUGAUGAAAUUCAUGAACGUGGCAUGAAUGAAGAUUUUCUCCUGAUUGUCUUGAAAGAUCUCCUACCUCGUCGACCAGAUUUGAGGCUGAUUUUGAUGAGCGCAACUCUUAAUGCUGAGCUAUUUUCCUCUUACUUUGGUGGAGCUCCUACGCUACAUAUUCCUGGUUUCACAUACCCCGUUCGAGCUCACUUUCUGGAGAAUAUCUUGGAAACAACUGGAUAUAGGCUGACCUCCUAUAAUCAGAUUGAUGAUUAUGGUCAAGAAAAGGUAUGGAAAAUGCAGAAACAAGCUCAGAGGAAGAAAAAGACACAAAUUGCUUCAACAGUUGAGGAUACACUAGAAGCUGCUAAUUUUAAUCGGUAUAGUCAUUGGACUCGAGAUUCAUUGUCCUGCUGGAACCCUGAUUCUAUUGGUUUUAAUCUCAUUGAGCAUGUGUUAUCCCAUAUAUGUAAGAAUGAAAGACCUGGUGCAGUUUUAGUAUUUAUGACUGGUUGGGAGGAUAUUAAUUCUUUGAAGGACCAGCUUCAAUCUCAUCCUGUACUUGGAGAUCCGAGCAGGGUUUUGUUGCUUGCUUGCCAUGGUUCCAUGGCUAGUUCCGAACAGAGGCUGAUAUUUGAUAGGCCUCCAGAAGGGGUGCGGAAAAUAGUACUUGCCACAAAUAUGGCAGAGACUAGUAUCACCAUAAAUGAUGUGGUCUUUGUUGUUGAUUGUGGUAAGGCAAAAGAGACAUCAUAUGAUGCACUGAACAACACUCCCUGUCUGCUACCUUCGUGGAUCUCAAAAGCUGCUGCUCGGCAGAGAAGAGGUAGAGCUGGUCGUGUUCAGUCAGGGGAGUGUUACCAUCUUUACCCCAAAUGUGUCUACGAUGCAUUCAGUGAUUAUCAGAUACCAGAACUUUUGAGGACACCCCUACAGUCCCUCUGUCUUCAGAUUAAAAGCUUAGACCUUGGUGGUGUUUCAGAGUUUCUGUCAAAAGCUUUGCAACCACCAGAGCCAUUAUCGGUACAAAAUGCUAUUGAUUUUUUGAAGGUCAUUGGAGCUCUGGAUGAAAAUGAAAAUCUUACUGUGCUCGGUCAAAACUUGUCUGUGCUUCCUGUGGAGCCCAAACUAGGGAAGAUGCUAAUAUUGGGGGCUAUUUUCAAAUGCCUAGACCCGGUAAUGACUGUUGUUGCUGGUUUAAGUGGUAGAGACCCCUUCAUGACGCCAUUUGACAAGAAGGAUCUCGCAGAGUCAGCAAAGGCUCAGUUCUCUGGUCGUGAGUUCAGUGACCAUCUUACCCUUAUUCGAGCUUAUGAAGGAUGGAAACAUGCUGAAAGACAACAGUCUGGUUAUGAAUAUUGUUGGACAAAUUUUUUGUCCUCCCAGACUUUGAGAGCUAUUGAUUCCUUGCGGAAGCAGUUUUUCUCGUUACUCAAAGAUACAGGACUUGUUGAUACCGAUAAUGAAAGCCGUAACAAGUGGAGCCAUGAUGAGCACCUUGUUCGGGCAAUAAUUUGUGCGGGUAUGUUCCCUGGUGUUUGCUCAGUUGGGAAUAAAGAGAGGUCAAUAACGCUGAAAACAAUGGAAGAUGGACAAGUUCUUCUGUAUUCGAAUUCAGUGAAUGCACAAGAACCAAAAAUACCAUAUCCAUGGCUUGUCUUCAAUGAGAAGAUAAAGGUCAAUUCUGUCUUCCUGAGGGAUUCAACGGCCGUGUCAGAUUCUGUGUUGUUACUGUUUGGAGGAAACAUUUCUAGGGGUAGACAGGAUGGACACUUGAAAAUGCUGGGAGGAUACCUGGAGUUCUUUAUGAAACCUGGCUUAGCAGACAUCUACCUGUCCUUGAAAAGAGAACUUGAGGAACUAAUUCAUUGCAAGCUUGUGGAUCCCAAGUUGGACAUCCACAGAUUCGUGGACCUUUUAUCUGCAACAAGAUUGCUGAUAUCAGAAGACCAACGUGAGGGUAGAUUUGUGUACGGUCGUCAACUGCCAACACCAUCAAAAAAGGCAGGUAAAGAGACAAGUGUGCAGGGUGGUAAAAUCAGUGGUGAUGAUAAUUCCAAGAACCAAUUGCAAACUUUGCUUGCAAGGGCAGGGCAUGAAGCACCUGCGUACAGGACAAGACCACUGAACAACAAGUUUCGUGCUACUGUAAAUUUCAACGGCUUGGAAUUUGUUGGUAAACCUUGUAACAAUAAGAAGCUAGCAGAAAAGGAUGCUGCUGCAGAAGCUGUUAAAUGGUUGAUGGGUGAUACCCCUUCAUUCCGGGGAGAUAUAGACCAUUUGUCAAUGUUCAUGAAAAACAGCAAGAAGAAACAUGGUAAAGGAACGUAGAUGUGUUGCUGUGGAACAUGUCCUUUCUACCUCUGAAGAAUUGAAUCGCUUCUCCCCUGCAUCAUAUGGUGCUCAGUAUAAACAGCUUGAAAUUGCAAACAGAAUUUCCUGUUACUGGUAUGGCCUUCUCAACCUUGGUUUUCACGAUAGCAAAUUCGCAACAAGUUCGAUUAUCAGUUCAUGAUAAGGGUGAUCGACCUAAUACGAGACAUCUCAUAUAUAGGUGACUAUUUUGGGCGACUGUUUUGGGGCGAAUAUGUUGGGUGACAUCUCAUAUAUAGGUGACUAUUUUUGGGUGGCUGUUUUGGCUAGAACUUUACGAGCUUCAACUCACCCCUUCCUGCCACAGUAAAUGUGAAUUGACCUGUAAAGAUGAAGGGUUCAUGUUGGUGAUGGUUUGUAGAUAGAAACUAAAUGAUCAACAUACCACAUUAGAUUCUUUUCAAGGAAAGUUGAGUGCUGUCUAUAAAAAUAUGAUAUGUUCUAGAUUCGCAUUUUUGUCUUUUGUUCAGCAGCAAAUGUAAUGGAUGGGUUUAUCAAGGCAGGGAGAUGCUCUUAGUUCUGGCCUCUCAUCAUCAAAAGAGUUGACGAGGGACAGACGAAGAGGGUUAACAUUGAUAGCUUCUAUAACAUUAUUCACUUCCAACUUUUUUGGACGACGUAGCAUGGUGAAAGGUUUUCAUGGGAGGACUUGGUUCUUUUAGUUGAGAUUCGUCAUACAGAACACAUUUUAUUUGAAUUUAGUGCAAGGAAAAGAUGACCUUGAUUGUCACUUUUUUGUAAUUUUAUUAGGUUCAUAUUGUAUUAGUUGCAAUAUGUGCCUAGUUGAUGGUUAAACUUACUUUGAGCAUAUUUAAUACUCUCUCCCUUUUGAAAUAAGGGUUAUACUUUUCCAUUUUGACCGUUUAUGAAAAUAGUUAGACUUCAGCUCUUAUAUAUAAAAUGUAUCUUUAUCUA